GCCGGUAUCAAGACGUGCGACCAACGUCUAGAAAAAAAAACGCGUGUUGGCGCGAAAGUUUUCAUAGAUUAUAUUUUAUUUUUUUAUUAUGAGUGCUUUUUAGAAGCUUUAAGUUCUUGUCGUGUUUAGUUUGUGCUCCUUUAAAUUUUGUGUUUGUUUAUUGGUUUGUUUUGAAUAUAAUUGUGAUUUGAAUAUGCAUGUUAGUGACAAGUUAUGCAAGGUCAAUUUAGGGGCAAUUUAAAUCGGGUGACAUAAAACUAUCGGCGAUUUUAGUUCAUUUUAGUUUUAGAUAGUUAGUGAGUUAUGAGUAUGAUAAAAAUGGCUGACAUCGAAACCACCGGAGGGGAAUUGCCAGAGGAGGAGGGCACAGAGCUGGAGCUGGAGGCGCUGUACCGGCGGUACUGCGUGCGGCUCAAGCAUGCGCUGUUCAUGUCAGCUCUGUGCGUCACAUUACUCUGUAGCGUGGCGCUGCUAUGCGCGGUGUGCGUCCUACACUCCGAUGACCUAUCGUCUCAAGUAACGGCCAUAUCAGUGUUAUCAGUGAUGAUAUUCAUACUGACCAUCGUGCUGGCGAUGGCGCUGCUGCCAGCGGCCGCGGAGUGGGAGGCGCUGGCGCUGUCGGGCUCCGUGCUGGUCACGGUCAGUCUCGGCGCCGGCACUUUGAUGGUCACUCACCAUGCGCCGCUGCCGCUGUUUGCGCUGAUCCUGAUGGUACAUACAAUGAUGCCCAUAGCGCGGCCGAUAGCGCUGGGCAUGUCCGCCGCCUUGACUCUCGCAUACAUGGGCCUCGCGAUAGGCCUCGGACCUCAGGCUCAGGAGGGACAAUUCUAUCAACAGUUGACUUGCGAGCUCUCCUUGCUCCUCUCGGCAAGUGGCAUCGGGCUCUACUACCGUGCUCUGACAGAGCGUGCUCACCGGAACACGUUCGCUGGAACCAGGACGUGCCUCGAACAGCGCGUCAAGCUCGAGUGUGAGAGAGAGCAACAAGAGAGCCUACUCCUCUCUGUCAUACCUGCGUAUAUUGCUGCUGAGGUAAAGCGUUCGAUAAUGCUCAAGAUGGCGUCCGCGUGUGCUGACAGCUCAAAGCAGACGCGCUUCCAUGAGAUGCACGUGCAGAGACACAACAACGUCAGUAUCCUGUAUGCAGACAUUGUCAACUUCACGCCGCUAUCAGAGCGGCUCAGCGCGUCCGACCUGGUGAAGACUUUGAACGAGCUGUUUGGACGAUUCGAUCAGAUCGCUCAGGAAAACCAAUGCAUGAGGAUCAAGAUCCUUGGGGAUUGCUACUACUGCGUGUCAGGCCUGCCGGUGUCGCGGCCCAACCAUGCCUACAACUGUGUCAACAUGGGCCUGCAGAUGAUCGAUGCCAUAAGGUUCGUUCGUGAGGCGACCGGGUUCAACGUGGACAUGCGGAUUGGGAUCCACACGGGAAAUGUACUAUGCGGUGUGCUCGGUUUGCGGAAAUGGCAGUUUGAUGUGUGGAGCGAUGACGUCACACUGGCCAACCACAUGGAGUCCGGGGGGAUUGCGGGUCGGGUGCACAUCACAAAAGCCACGAUGCUGCAGCUGGGAGGCAAGUUCGAGGUUGAGCCAGGAGACGGCGCCUCCAGGGAGGGGUACCUCGCUGACCACAAAGUGGAAACUUACCUGAUUGUACCGCCAAAGAAACCAGGCAUACCAGAAAACGGUCGGCUAUCAGUGUGCACAGUGGACCGCAAGGCGAGCAUUGUGUCUUCAAUGUACCAGGACAUAUCGCCUACGAAGAAGGAGAUCAGCCCAGCGCCGUCCCAGCACAGUUUUGUUGAGCCUGAAAUGCCUAAAAUCACUCGAGCUGAAUCUAUGCGACACGGCGGAGAUCUCAGUAGACGGGCAUCAGUAAAGGUGGUUGCGUUUGAGAACAACAACGCUACCAGUCCUGCUGAAGCACUGGGUAACGGAACUGUUGUUAGUAAGCCGAAGAGUCGAAGUGGAUCCAUCAUUGGAGCCAUUAGUCCAAUUAUGGGCACAGAAAGUGAUUCAGAAUCACCGCCCGUGCUACGGGAUCUUCAACCAACAUUUUUUCAUCGAAUGUUAAGUACUAUGUCUGUGGAAUCCCUAACGACUCCUGGAGUACCGUCGAGAUCGCGUCCUUCAAGCAAGAUGACAAAAUACGUGGAGUGUUGGGGUGCGGAUAAGCCUUUCGCAAACAUUACUGAUUCGACCCUCGCUAAAAAUAUCGGCAUUUCUAGUUUGGCAAUGAUUGAGCAACACCUUCUGCCACAACGAACGUGUUGUGAUUGCAGCAGUAACUCCGAAGGGCUACAUCGCAUCACGUUAGUCUUCAAGAACGGCACUCAAGAGAAGCAGUACCGCAACCAACCCGACGUGCAGUUCAAGUACUACGUCGCUUGUGCUACCGCGCUGUUCUUACUCCUGGCCGCUAUACAACUGCUGACCGUUCCCAAAGGCAUUGUAAUCUACGCGUCGUUUGGGCCGACAUUGGUCACUCUACUGGUGUUCGUGUACUUGUCCUGGUCGGACGGACAGUCCGGGGCAAUGCUGUCUGACGUGCCGGAGUUCUACGCGGACAACUGCACCAAGCCCGGACAGGUUGUAGCAAGCAACUGCUAUAUCAGGUUGACAAUGUUCGUGAUCUCCGCCAUCUUAAUAAGUGCUUGUGCGAUCAUUAAUUUGUUUCAAACCUACAUGAUCGAAGACGUACCAGCCGGAGCAAGUAGCAACAUCAGUUGGAACGAUACAGAUAUCAUCUCGUUAACAUCCAUUCAUAUUGACGUGGAUUAUGCUCCGAGUUACCUGUACAGUUCAGUGCUGACCCUGGCCUCAAUAUCCGUGUUCCUGCAAAUGAGCUUCGUGCUGAAGCUAGUAAUGAUGCUGCUCACACUGAUCCUGCACAUAUCGCUGUUCGCAACUGCUGACCUCUUCAGCCGGUUCCAGAUACAGGAUUCCAGUACUGAGUACUCAAUGUUACCGUACGCUGCUAAAGCUGGUUUGGUUUUGGUGUUUUUGGCGGCUUUACUUCACAUUCUCGAUAGACAGAUAGAAUUCACGUCAAGAACAGAUUUCUUGUGGAAAGAUAAACUGAAGUUCGAGCAAGAGGAAGUUGAGACCAUGAGGGGAAUUAAUAAAAUUCUUCUCGAAAACAUCCUUCCUGCGCACGUGGCUCAACAUUUUUUGACUUUAGUUGCGUCAAAGGAAGAAUUGUACCAUGAGAGGUAUUCAAGCAUCGCUGUGAUGUUUGCUUCAAUUCCCAACUACAAGGAGUUCUAUGACGAGACUGACGUCAACAAGCAAGGCCUCGAGUGCCUUCGAUUGCUCAAUGAGAUUAUUUGCGACUUUGAUAAGCUAUUAUUGAAACCAAAGUUCAGUGGUAUAGAGAAAAUCAAAACUAUCGGCAGCACUUACAUGAUCGCUUCAGGUUUAAGGCCUGGGAAAGAGGAACAAAUUGACGGUAACAGCAAAGAAGAGCACACAGUGGCUAUAUUAGUAGAGUUCGCCAUCGCUCUCAUGACUAUACUAGAUCAGAUCAACAGGGAGUCAUUCCAGAGGUUCAAAUUGAGGAUAGGUUUGAGCCACGGGCCGGUAAUAGCAGGAGUGGUGGGUGCUCAAAAGCCUCAGUACGACAUCUGGGGGAACACCGUGAAUGUUGCCUCACGGAUGGAUUCCACGGGCCUCAUGGGGCGGAUACACGUCACAGAGGAUACAGCUAAAGUACUGAUGAAUGCUGGAUACACGUGUGAAUGCAGAGGGCCUACGUAUGUGAAGGGCAAGGGGACCCUCAUCACGUACUUCGUAAAAACGCCUAACUAUAAUUAGUUUCAAAUAUUUGUUAAUUCAUAACAACUAGGUACAUUUUAAAUUAUAAUUAAGUACAUCAACCUCAUCCUAAAGGAACACUGAACUAAAAUCAACAAAAAAAUUUUUUUAAAGAUUUUUAAAACUUUUACCAUGUAACUUUAUGGUUGAUAUAUCUUAUGGGUAUUAUUAUUUAUGAGUAAUAUUAUAUUAAAUCAGUCUAUGAGUAGAAAAUAUGUUUGGUUAAGUGGUGCCAUUUGAAGUAAUGCUAUAACUCUUCCCAUUGCUAAAUUCGGCGGAGUUGUUCGUGUUUAAAUUAGGCCAUCAACAAAAAUUCCAUAUUUGUUAUAUUUAUUACAUUAUAAUAAUUAUGAGGCUUUAUACUUCUGCCUCCGAUAAACAGACCCAAGUUGUUCACGUAAUAAGUUUAGUGAGAAAAACAAUUGUAUUUGGAAAAUCGUACGUAUUUCUCUAAAGAUAUAAACGAUUCACGAUUAAACGACUGAACCGAUUAAGAUGAUUUUUUUAUGUAUAAUGAUAAAUGGAACCUUAGAGUCGAACAUAGGCUACUUUUUAUUUCGGAUAAAUCCUUGGUUCCUGCAGGAUUUGUGGAAACAAGAUUUCUGGCAAGCCUAGUCGCGGAUGUUCGCUUGCCUUUUAUAAGUAUACAAAAAGAAUUACAGUUCGUUAGUGUUGCUAGAACUCAAAUGACAUAUUUUUUUCUAAACCUUGUUAAGUUAAAUAUUAAGUUUAUAAUAAAGCGACUGGAGCAUGUGGUUUAGAAAAUAAAAUAGCGUAAACCUUAAUAACCAGCGAGUUAACAAAAAUAUUUAAGAACCAAAAAAUAUUUCAUUUUAUACAGGUUGCUCGGGAGUCUGUUCCAUAACUAGGGGGUUAUAUUCUUUACUGUUUAAAGAACAUGUCUAAAAUUAAUAUUUUCGGAGUAAAUAAUAUUUCUUUUGUAAAUAGAUCUUAAAAUGUGUCCAAUAUACGCAUCCUUAUAAUUAUGACAUAGCCAAAUUUGACGUAUUUUAAAAUGCAAGGAUAGAUAAAGGCGUGUGUUACAUGGAUAGUCGGAAUUAUUUGAAUUUCUUUGUAUCGUUAUCUAUCUAUAUUUGAGACACGUGAUAUUUAAUUUCUUCAAAUGCCCACAACUGAAAAGUUGGAGGUGCAUGCCCGGGAUUGGAUUCGAACCCACACCCUCCGGAAUCGGAGGCAGAGGUCAUAUAACAUAGGAGCACCGCCUUCAUACUGAUCAUCAGGUAGAACAUAUUAUGAUGUUAUUUUUCACUUUUUAGUUUAGUGGGUACGUUUUUAGGUUUUGAAGUCGGUUGUAUUUUUUUUAUUAAAAUUUUUUUCAGUUAAAAAAAAUUAGUAUACAGUUCGGCUCCUUUAAGUGGACUCGUCGACCUUGAAGUUAUGGGAAAUACUGCCGAGCAUCCUGUAUAGUUAUUUUAAUAAAUUAUGAUUUUAUAAGUUACUUUUUCACUCUUGUCAAUCCGCGUAUGUGUAUAACACACUUUACUAGGUAACAUGAUAAACUCUCUAUUAUUUUUAAAUAAGGUUAUUUUAUUUAAAUUUAUAGUAUCUAAAACCCACUUUAUUUUUUUAAAUAACUUGUAAUUAUUAAAUAUUGUAAAUAUUUUUAGAGAAUUCUAAUAUUUUGUAAGAUUAUUAAAUAAUAAUAAAUUUAAAUAUUAUUUAUUGGAGCUAUAAUAAUCGCAUGGCGAUAAUUCUCGUAAUAAUUUGCAUUUAUUAACAGUAACAUUAAGAAUUAUUUAAUUCAUAACUUACUUCUAUCACGUGUUCUUAGAUAAAAGGCCUAUGAAAAACAAUACUUUAGGUGAUUAAUCUGUUGUAAUUUUUAAUUAGUUGGAAAUAUUUUAUUAGGUUUUAUUUUAUUUAUUACUAUUUAAGUAAACGUUUUUAUUUUUCUUCGAUUAUAUUAAUGUUUUGUAUUGUUAAUGUAAUCAAUAUUUGCUCAUUAUUGUAAUAAAAUAUAAUAUUAUGAAAUAAUAUUAUUAUAGUAAAGUUAGGUACAUAUAUCUUUAAUUAAGAAGUUAAGAUGACUGUAUCAGGAGCAGCAAAUAUCAAUCCUCGUAAAUGUUUGCGAUUAAAUUGCUGAAACAUUUCUGUUUCGACAAUUUAUUUAUCAUGCCGAAACCACAUGGUGUGCACUUGCCCUAAACUCUAAACCACUAUACAAGAGUUUGGCUUGAUUUUAGAAAAUAAAUGUCAUCGUCCACCAACCCUCAUUCGCACAAGAGUUUUUUUUGACAGAUGUUAAAAAACCGUCCAAAUAUAGUAUGAAGUUAAAUGAAGGUCUAUUUCCAACAUUCAAUAGUGAAAAUGCAACACUGCUCGAAAAAAGCGCCGUUUUUUAAAAACGCUGUUGUGUGAACAUAUACUUGAAAGUAUUGUAUUUGAACACUUUUUUAACGUCCGUUAAAAAACUCUCGUGCGAAUGUAGGUAUUCUGGAGGGAUAUGGGAAUAUUGGUCAAAAAAAAGGUUUGGCAAGAAUGUGAUUCCGGCUUUAUGUUACGUUGGUUGCGGUUCUUACGAGUACACCUUAGUUGCAAUGAGAAUCUCAUAGUAAUUACCUUUACAUUAUAAGUAUUAAAUAAAUACCGUUAACCUUUGAUGUAUACAAAUGAAAAAAUGUCGGCUCUAACAAAAGUGUACAAUAACUAAUUAGCGAAAUAUGGGAAAUAAUUUGAAGAAAAGAAUUAAAUUUUAAUAAAAUGAUAAA